UCGAUCAGUUCAGGAUGGAUUUCUUUGCUUAUUUGUAGGAUUUUAGUUUUGUCCAACUGGACUUGAACGAAACAUAAGUUUUUCGUCACUUCCGGAGAAACGUCAAAAGAUGGCGGCGACCUUGUGUGCAAGAUUCCUGCCAAAACAGGGAUGGCUGCCUCUGACCCAGGGGGUUCGGCACGGCUCGAAGGCUGUCACACGCCACAGGAAACCUAUUCACUUCCUGAAGCAGAAGCUCCUGGCGGUCACAAAGUACAUCCCUCCUCCCCGACCUGUUCCUCCGGACGCCUACCCGCCUGAAACCACGCUGGUGCAGGAGGAUAGUGGUUUCGUGUUACUUUUGAAGAGGGAUUUAAAGAAGGUGUUCCAGGAUCAUAAAAUGGUCGCUGUGGUCCAGAACAGUGGAAGCAAUGCUGAAGACAUGAUCACUCUCAAGCAAAGACUUUACAAACAUGGCAUCAGUGUCAAGUUCUUCCCCAACCAGGUGAUGAGGUCGUUUCUGAGUGAAUCCGUUUACUGCAACAUGACUCCUCUGUUCAUCGGUCCAACGGUUCUGUUUGUCAGUAAAGAACCGAAGGUGAAGGAGAUGCUGUCAGCUCUGAGGGCCAGCCCACAGAUGAUUCUCCUCGGAGCCUGCAUAGAAAAGUCGCUGCUGAGUGCGCAGGGUGUGGUGAGUUACUCCAGACUGCCGUCGGUGACCGUGGUCCAGGGCGAGCUGGUCAGCGGGUUGACCAUGCUGACCUCCCAGACAUCCUCCAUGCUGCAGCGGCACCCGGCCCACCUUUCUGCCCUGCUCCACCAGUAUAUCAAGCAGCAGAGCCCCAACGAUGGCGCAGAAGAGGCCACGUAGAGGCUCAGAAGAACGGACCAGGACUGUCACCUGCAGACUUUCACAUGCAACUAUGAACUACACAUCAGACUGAAGACUGAGAACGUUUCACCGCAGUGAAGCAGCAGUUACGUUG